CUUCCUAAAGUCUUCAGCUUCGAACACCUCAAGAUUGGUUGUUACAAAAAUAAUAGAAGUUGGUCACCUCCAAUAACCGACCUCUAAACUAUUACUAGGCAAGUUUAGCUCUAUGAAACUAUAUUAGUAGGAAGAGUUGGUUACCCAACUAGGCCUGAUCUGUCUGUUGCCUGAUUCAACCCCCCCUACAAAAGGCACAUACCACUAAACCCUUUUCACCAAACAAAGCAAAGCCUUGAGUAUCAGUACAGCUUUCAGUGAUCUCAACUUCUCAGCAUUUAAAAAUUCAGCCAACUCAAGAACCUACAAUGUCACAAAGGAUUGGAAUGAGUCUUGUCCUCGUUCUAGUGGCCAUGUUCUUGGCAAGAUCAGCAGCACAGUCAGAUUGCACAAAUGUGAUUAUCAGCAUGUCCCCUUGUCUCAACUACAUCACUGGGAACUCCUCAACUCCAUCUUCAGGAUGCUGUUCGCAGCUUUCUAGCGUUGUGCGAUCAUCCCCACAGUGCUUGUGCCAGGUUCUUAAUGGCGGUGGAUCAUCACUAGGGAUCAAUGUCAAUCAAACACAGGCUCUCGCUCUACCUGGUGCUUGCAAUGUUCAGACUCCACCCAUCAGCCAGUGUAACGCUGCUUCUCCAGCUGGCUCUCCUGCAGGAACACCUGAUGAUUCAUCAAACACAGUUCCUUCAGGAAGUGGAUCUAAAACUGUACCAUCAACUGAUGAUGGCUCAUCAGAUGGAAACUCCAUCAAGUUGUCUAUGACUCAACUCAUUGUGCUAUUUGCUGCAGCAUUUGCUACUCUCUCAAUGCACUGAUUUUCUUUUCUGUUAUCCUACCUAUCAGGCUACACAUAUUCCUGAAUACUCUUGGGUCUUGAGUUUUGAUGAUUGUUGUAUUCCUUUAAUGCAUGUUAUUUUAUUUAUUGUGGCCUCAGAGAGGUUGAUUUAUGUACUAUACUAAGAGACAUCCUGGUCUCUUUUUCAUAAUAAAAGGUUCUGGUUCUGAGCGUAUAAAGUAAUUAAACAAGGCAUAAGGAAGAGUUGAUAGAGGUUUCUUUGAAACUCAGAUCGGAAUUUUUAGAAGAAACACAAAGCCUCUUUUGAUUCAGGCAAAAUGAAUGUAAUCCAUUUUCUUUCCCAUGGGAAGGGACACUAAACUUUAUAUUUCAAUGUUUGGUAACACAAGGAAAUUUGUUAAAAGUUUGUAAUUAAUGCAAUGAAUAAUGAGAUGUGAGUAUUAAAUGUAAGGAAUGAAUC